CAUCCCAGACCAUAUGAGAGCUCCAAAGAUGCUUGACAGAUAACCGACGAUCGACGACCGUGUCUCUCAGUCACUCAAAAUGGACGUCUCUUCCUUUUUCGCAAGAUUCUUGCAACCUACCAAACCCCCUCAAAGGGUGAAGCUCCCCGAUGACCCUGGUGAUUUUGACGCAGCGUGGAAGAGCAUACAAGAAACUCUCGAACAUCCUGAUGAACGUCAAUUAGCCAAAGGUAUCGAAUCCACAAAUGUUCCAUCGCAUCUGAGACAUAUAGUCGAUGCCCUCGUAUUCGAAGCAAAUCAUACGGACGAAGACACACCAGGAGCAUGUUUGGAGUAUUUUCUGAAAAACGACCUUCUUGCUCAGUUAGAAAGACUAUGCGAGGCUGAUCGACCUCAUGGCGUCAAAGCUGCUACACUCAAAGCUAUCAAUAACCUUGUGGUUCUCCUCUCUGAAAGAUUUCUGGUUCAUAAUGCUAUUCACAGACCUUUGCGUCGUCUACUACGCUCUUGUGUCGGGGAAGAACCUGAGGAUCGAGUGGAUGGGGCCGCACGAAUCCUAGGAGCUGCAGGUAUGCAAGUACCCGAUAGGACUAUUCAAGGGGAUGAAGAACUCGAAGGUGAUUUGGUUGAUCUCAUGUGCAUACUUUGUUCUAGAAUGAGAGCUUACCCACCAUUAUUAAUGAUUUUCUUUCAUGAUAAAGGGUGGUUACAUCCUCAUCCUUCUAUCGGAUCUCCUAUCCCUCUCGCAGCUACACUAGCAAGGACGAUGUCACCCGUUCCUUCUCACUUGACCCGAGGCUCAGAUCCUUCCAUUCGAACAGGUACGAAAGGUUCACAGAAUUUCGAAUUCCUACUCUUUUCUUAUCUUUUACGAUUCGUCCAUCGAGAAGGUCGAACUGGAGAUUUUGCCCGAGCGGGUUUAUUAUUUCUCUUCGAUAUCGCUUUUCUUAUGCCAUCCGAGGAAGGAGGGGAAAACCUCGUCAUGCCAGACGAAAAAGGUUCCGACCCCUUACAAGAUGCUCGGGAUGCAUUGGGCGAAUUCAUCUUGGAUGGAGAUUUCGCAGACGUUAUGGCUGCUGGAUUAGGAGCCAUCUAUUCUCUUUUACCUUCAAAACUCUUUGUACCCACUUUGGCCGAACAGACCCGAUCAACGUCUGGUUUGACCGCAUCAUCUUCCGGAGGUAUGCAUCUCGGAGCGGAAGUCAUAAUGCAGAAAACGGAGGAAGUGGACCAGUUAAGAACCUUUUCUUCGACAGAUCCAGUGAUUAGGGGUCAAUUAGACCUUUUACUCAAAUUAUUCGGCUUUUUACAAGAUAUCAUUCUUCGAUGUUCUUCUCCUAUGCAUCAAGCCUCUCCCGAUAUGUCCUCCAUUUCGAACACCCACAUCCUAGGAAGUGCAAUCGCCGAUGCUUCCCUGGAUGCUCUCCGUGCAUCUUUCCUCGAUAAUGUACUCUAUCCCUCCAUUUUAGAAUGCUCUCCAACCGAUGGUAGUUCUGUGGCUGUACUCACUUACCUCGACGUGAUCAUUGGUAAUCUCGAUGAUGGACCUUUGCUGGAUGUCUUGUUGGAAUUUCUUAUGGAUACGGAAGAUUCUACCAUAUUCUCUUCACCUGUACGAAAGCCAAAGAAAAAAACAGGAGCAAUGGACUUUCUUCCCCCGAUGGGAGCCAAAUCGCCCCUGAUCGGGUACUUUGCAGAGGAGGGCAAGUUCACAAUGAAAGAUUUGUUGGUGGACAACCUUCGAAGUGGAGAAUCAACAGCCACUACUGCUGCUCUCAAACUCCUACAAACUCUAUUACAAGAACAUUGCCAUUUCACCGUCAAUGGUCUUCUUUCCACCAUCAGAGAUCCCACCGCGACUUCUUUGAUCCCUCAACCACUCAUGUCCGUACCUGUCACCUCAACCUCAGAGACCCAAGAGAUAGAACUAUACAGCUCUUUCGUAUCACAUCUUGAUCCUUCUCAACCACUUGUCGAACAUUCUCCAGGUUACUUGGUAUAUCUCACUGACGCUCUGGCGAGUAUUCAAUCAGAUCCUUGUUUUCUCAACUCUCAGCUACAAAUAUCUUUUCUCGGAGGUUCCAACGGUGAGAAGGUAUCAGCGACGGUACAUGACAAACGCAAUGCAGAAAGAUUGUGUCCACAUCGAUUGUCUCCGAACGAUCCUAUCAUGGGUUGUCUUCUAUCUGGAUUAUCCGCUUUUCUACUUCGAACACCGGAUGAAAAUGUCGCUUUGACGGGCGUCAUCUCUUCCCUGGCGUUAUGUCCUUCGCGGUCUGUCAGGAGUUGGUUGACACCUCCCUUUCAUGACGAUACCUUCCGAACGCCUGAUAGCUCAAACCCUUUCGGUGACAGUGGUAGAAUGAACGUAGUAAAUCAAUUUGAGACUAAGAAGAACAAGACCGAGCUCCCGGCAAUAUAUCAAAUUCUUCAUUCUCUCAUCCUUCAAAUCAACCAUUUUCGUGAGACCGUACCUGACUUUGAUCAAUUUCUUUCGGAAAGAAGACAAGGUUUAUUAUUUGCCGAUCAUUUAGACGAAGCUAUGAACGUCAUGUUAGAUGUUGAAACUACCGGUAUACCAGGAUUCACACCUUCUCCCAAACCUAAUUCGACACCGCCGACUCAAAGACGUCCUUCUGCUCUGACGAGUCUAAGAGCACUUCUUACUCCAAAGAAGAAGACCCUCAAAGCGCUACCUUCCACCUCGGACAAUCGUACGAAUAUCCCCAGCGCAACUGCUAGACAAGUUAGUUCUUCACCUUUUAUAGGACACUACGAUCAGACUUCUUCAGUGACGUUGGAAGCGGAACAAAGUCAAGUGAAAAGUGGUCCUUGGUCACCUAGCGUUUCGAAAGCGUUAAGAAAGUCUUUGACCGGUCCGAUGGAGGGGGGAACAUUUCGAGAAUUGAGCGAUAUCAGUUGGGAUCAAAGUACUAGAAAUUCAAUAGACGUUGAGCGGGAGGAGGUGAGAAAGGGAGAAGGGGAGGGGAGGAAAGGGAAAAUACCAUUGACGAGGAUAUUAGAUAAUUGCGUGGUUUUGGAAGAAUUCAUAAAAGAACUAGUGGGUGUUAUUUCCGCUCGUAGAGCUUUAGGUGUGGAUCAAGUUGGAUAUAUGAAUUGA